AUGGCAAUCAUUAUCAGUGAAGUGAUUCUUACCCACGCUUACAACUUCUUAGAUCAUAAAAUGCUAUUAAAGAGGAUUAGGAUACAUACCUCGGGCUCAGACGGCCAAGCCUUUGGAAUGUUGGCUUGGGAGCUUCUAGGUUCCGUCCAGACCUCCAGCUCAAAGUCAAUUAUUCUAGGGACCUCUACCACGCCUUUCGUCUCGACGCAAGCGAUCACCCAACCAGGACCGGAAUGCGAUCUCAGUCGAGAGUUUUACUGCUCUUACUACGGGAUCUGCAUGUCCCUUAACCUCCGUUGCGACGGUGUCUUGCACUGUCCGGAGCCGUCCGAGGAGGAAGGAUGCCCACCAAGGUGUGCGUUUGGCCAGGAUAGAUGUCCUGACGGAAGCUGCCUUGAUACCACCCAAAUAUGCGACGGUUACUACGAUUGCGCCGAUAGAUCUGAUGAACUUGGAUGCUUCCUGUGUGAUUUAGGUCAGUUUGAAUGUGACGGUGGUACUAAAUGCAUUCUCGAUGAGCUCGUCUGUGAUAGCCUUUUUGACUGCGCUGAUCAAACCGACGAAUUAUUUUGUACCCCGGAAGACAGAUCAACUGCUGCACCAACACCUCCUGCCACCACCACAGCUGCCCCGCCCACCACUCCAACCACGACUGCCGCCCCCACCACUCCUCGUACUACCACCUCGUCAGUGGUCACCGACCCCGUGCCCCCAAGAACACCGGGUACACAGUGUCGAUCCAAUGAAGCAUACUGUAGGUCCGGUAGCAUCAGGUGUGUCCCUCGAGACUUCCUCUGUGAUGGGCAGAGUGACUGUGAUGAUGGCUCGGAUGAGUACGGAUGUGAACACAGAAAGUGUGAACCUAAUGAGUUCCAAUGUGCCAAUCGCCUCUGCGCUCAAAAGAUCUGGAGAUGUGAUGGAGAUGAUGACUGCGGUGACGGAUCGGAUGAAAGAGAUUGUCCUACUGCUGCUCCUGGCUCGCCAUGCCGACACAGUGAGUUCCAGUGUAUCUCCUCCGACCAGUGUGUACCUCUUGGAUUCCGGUGUGAUGGAGAAACCGACUGUACAGAUAGGUCUGAUGAAAUCGCAUGUGCUGAGCCAUUGGUAGUGCUUGCUCCUGUAGAGAUCAUCCAAGUUCAGAUAGGUGAGAGGGUAGAGAUCAUCUGUGAAGCACAAGGAGUUCCUACACCGAUAAUCUCCUGGAGGCUUAACUGGGGACCAGUCCCAGAAAGGGCCAUCAUCACCAGUCAGAAUGGACGUGGUUCCCUAGUCUUGGAGAACGUACGGGAGUCUGACCAGGGAGCGUACAGCUGUGAGGCCAUGAACAACCAAGGGUACAUCCUUGCUCAACCAGAUGCUAUCGUCACCAUCAUCUCUGGACCUAGCAUAUGUACUGGUGGGUUUUUCAAUGAUGGUGCCCUGACCGUUACCGAGUGUAUACCUUGCUACUGUUUUGGUGUUUCUUCCACCUGUUAUAGCAGUACCUACAACCGAGCUGAGACUUCUCUGUCCUUCAGCGAGGUUGGGAACUUAGAGGGCACGCGUCUGGCUGACCUGUCGUCUCCAAGUGCAGAUGUACGGGUCCUUGAGGAUACCUACAUGGAAAUCAACCCAGCACAGAGGGAGGUGGUCGUGCGUGACUACAAUAGACGUCUGCCGGUGUCCACGUAUUACUGGGUUCUUCCUGGACAAUUCACAGGAAACCAGCUAACCAGUUAUGGAGGCAACCUUCGUUAUCUGGUCAAUUUCAUCCAUAUUGCAUCCACCGCUCAAGUUGCUGAUGUUUAUAUCAAGGGUGGUGGAAAGACCUUGUCUUAUCAAUUACCAGAUGAGCCUGUCUCAGGUAUCCCAAUGCUGCGACAAGUUCCAUUGACGGAGACUGGCUGGAAGAAUGUCAUCCAAGUUGGCGGAGGGGGACGAGGCGAUGUCGGUGCUGAACUUCUCGAAGACGCCACAAGAGAAGAUUUCAUGAUGGCAUUAGAGAAUGUAGAAUACAUCCUCAUCAAGGCGACGUAUUCCUACAGCAUGUAUCAAACCAGCCUUGCUGAUGUUGUCUUAGAUACAGCCGUACCGGAGGAGACUGGUAGAGAUCGAGCGGUAGAGGUGGAGGAAUGCAGGUGUCCCAUUGGAUAUGAAGGGUUGUCAUGUGAGAGAUGUGCCCCAGGUUUCUUCUAUAUGCUUGGUUUUAAUCCCGUUGCUCGCGGUAUUUGUCGGCCAUGUCAAUGCAAUGGACCCUCAAACACUUGUGACCCACUAUCAGGUGAAUGUCUGUGUACAGGAAACACCGACGGACCGUACUGUGAACGAUGUGCUGAGGGUUUCUUCGGAGACCCACCAAACGGUGUACCCUGUCUUACCUGUCCCUGCCCUCUUACUGAUGGCCCAAACCAGUUCUCACCGACCUGUAUCCUUGAUACCGAUGGUAGAGUGACCUGUGACGCCUGCCCACAAGGCUAUGCUGGAAGACAAUGCCAAACAUGCUCUGCUAACUAUGUAGGCAACCCAACGGUCCCUGGUGAUUCCUGUGUUCCUGAUAGUCUAGGUGACUGUAAUGUUGAUGGAAGUCUAGCGUGGACCGGAUCAGAAUGCCUGUGUAAAGAUAACACUGAAGGUGUUCUCUGUGACCAGUGUCAAGUUGGAACAUUCAAUCUGGCCCCAGAUCACCAGUACGGCUGCAUCAGGUGCUUCUGUAUGGGAAUAACUGUAGACUGUGAUAGCACUACUCAGUACAGAUCGCAGGUCAAUGCUGAGUUCUCUCGUGAUGGUCAAGGGCUAACCCUGAACAAUCGGGACUUCACAGAAAACAUCACAUCGCAGGAACUGACCGUCAAUUAUCGACAGAGGGAGCUUGUCUACGGGGCCUUCGACACCAUCCCAGCUGAUGUGUACUUCUGGGUUCUCCCCAACCGCUUCCUGGGGAAUAAGGUUUCAUCUUAUGGUGGCUACUUGAGGUACACUAUCGUAGUUGACAGUGCUGCCCAAGAGGGACGACGCCAGCAGCCCAUACCAGAUGUUGAAAUCUCAGGUAAUGGAAUAACCUUGAUCUACAACCGAGACAGUCAAGGUACCCAGGUAGCAUCGAGAACAGAGACACCAUUCAGGGUGCCUUUCCUUGAGCAAUAUUGGACACGCAUUGAUUUUGAGCCAGCUAAUAGGGAGAACCUGAUGAUGGCUCUAGCUGAUUUAGAUUACAUCAUCAUCAGGGCAACGUACAAUGCUCGCACAAGUGUUGCAGCUAUCAGGGAUAUUAGUAUGGAUAUUGCUGAAACCCGCAACACUGGUCUGGGUAGAGCAUUCGCUGUAGAACAGUGCACCUGUCCAUUUGGUUACAGAGGCCUCUCCUGUGAGGAUUGUGAUGUUGGCUUUACCCGUUCAGGUAGUGGUAUCUACCUUGGCUUCUGUGCUCGCUGUGAAUGCAAUGGUCAUUCCACUGAUUGCCAUCCUGAAACGGGGGAGUGCAGGAACUGUCAAGACAAUACCUAUGGGCGUUUCUGCGACCAGUGUGCACCUGGUUUCUAUGGCAACCCAAGCCAGGGAGGAAGAUGUCUGCCUUGUACCUGCCCUCUUGCAAUUCCAUCUAACCAAUUUUCACCGACAUGUUUCCUUGAUGUUGACAAUGAUUUGACCUGUGACUCCUGCCCGGAAGGUUACAUAGGAAGAAGAUGUGAAAGCUGUGCACCAGGUUAUAUCGGAGAUCCCGCAAGGGAAGGAGACUCAUGCAGAUCUCAAGGAGGAUGCCAGUGUGAUGGAAGAGGAACUAGAUCAUCACAGUGCUUUGAUGGCCGAUGUGACUGCAAGGAUAACGUUGGAGGAGAAAGCUGUAACUAUUGUCAGCCAGGUUUCUUCAAUCUCGCAUCCCGGAACCCUGAAGGAUGUACCAGGUGUUUCUGUUCUGGUUUGUCGGUCCCAUGCACCAGCUCAAACUACUUCAGACAACAGCUUCGAGUCACACUCCAGUCGCCAUCUGAUUCAAGUGAUGUCGCCCUGGUCAAUCGAGCACAGACACAGCGGAUAACCUCAGGGUUCGGGAUCAAUGUCCCGUCCAACAGCAUUGCGUUCUCUCAGUUUAACCAGAUGCCUAUUGAUGUCUAUUAUUGGGAGCUUCCAUCAAAGUUUAGGGGUAAUCAGAUCACUGCGUAUGGUGGCUAUCUAAGGUACACCGUUAGUUACUCCACAUCCCAGGCAAGAGGCAACGCUAUCACUGAUAACGAUGUCGAGAUCACUGGUAAUGAUAUCGUCCUGGUGUACAGGCAGCCAACCGGUUUGGAGCCAGAUGAUGCUCGUCCAGUAGCAUUCCAGAUUGUUGAGGAUAACUUUGUCCGUCCGGACGGCAACCCAGCGACCAGGGAGCACCUACUCAUGGCCCUGGCUGACGUUAGUAACAUCCUCAUCCGUGCUUCCUACCAUAGCGACAUGCAGGAGAGCAGUAUCAGGGAUAUUGCACUGGAUAUUGCAGUUGCUCAAAAUACAGGCCAGAAUUCGGCAGUUGAGGUAGAGAGAUGUGACUGUCCCCAAGGCUACAUUGGUCUUUCUUGUGAGGACUGUGCCCCAGGUUACACCCGAUCAGGCGGUGGUCUUUACCUUGGAACCUGUAUACCCUGUGAAUGUAACGGCCAUUCUAACCAAUGUGACCCCGAAACUGGAGUCUGCUAUAACUGUGUCCAUAACACCGUUGGUCCAUAUUGUGACCAGUGUGCUAGUGGGUUCUAUGGCGAUGCGACAGCGGGAACUCCUGGUGAUUGCCGUCAGUGUGCCUGUCCCCUCUCAGUCCCAUCAAACCAAUUUUCUCCAACCUGUAUCCUGGAUAGCGAUGGACGUUUGACCUGUACUGCAUGUCGGCAGGGAUACACUGGCAGGAGAUGUGAAAGUUGCGCCCCUGGUUAUGAGGGAAACCCAACAGUUCCUGGUCAGACAUGUAACCAAGGAAGCACUGUUGACCGUAUCCCAAGCGUCGUCAUCUCACCUGCCGAGGCUUCGGCCGUCUUGGGUGGAACCAUCGUCUUUGUUGUCAGGAUAUCUGGUAACUACACUACUGCACUCUGGCGGAGGGCCGAUGGACAGCCGCUUUCUCCCAGCGCCUAUGUGGAACCAGGAACCUACAGACUACAGAUCCGUAAUCUCAGGCCUAACGAUGCAGGGGUUUACGUCUUCAUUGUAACAAACAGAUAUGGAUCUGGAACAGCGGAGGUCAGGCUAGAAGUAGUUGGUCAAGCAAUGAGAGUAGUCAUCAACGAUCCCCAAACCAUAGAAGUACCUGAAGGAGAAACUGUUCAGUUUGUUUGCCGAGGAAUUAGCCAGACACCGGCCUACACUAUUGCCUGGAGUCGAUCAGACGGCAGUCUGCCACCGAAUGCCAGGGACUUUAUGGGCAUUCUAACGAUAGACUCUGUCAGGUUAACGGAUGCUGGACAGUAUGUGUGUAUGGGAUCAAACCAACUGGAUACUGCUAAUGCCUAUGCUACUCUUAUCGUCACAUCUUCUGUUGAAGUGCCCACUGUCCGCAUCGAGCCCCGCUUCGUCCGGUUGACGGAGGGAGACCGCGUCGAGCUCCGAUGCAUCGCGACAGGCAACCCCACUCCGACGCUUCGCUGGACCGGUGGUCAAGGAGGGGUAUUGAACCCUGAACAUACCUUUCAAGAUGGUCUCUUUGUCAUCCCCAAGGUCAGGGCCUCUGAUGAGGCGGAGUACCACUGUGAGGCCACCAACUCUGCAGGAAUGGCUACUGUCAGGACGGUGGUCUAUGUCAGUCCUUCCCGCGUCCCAUCUGUGACUAUCAGCCCUACCUCGGAGUCGGUCAACGAAGGAGAGCGAGUCAUCUUCUAUUGCCAGGCAACCGGUGACCCCGCCCCCGAGAGGGUGUGGACCCGGGUUGGUGGAGAAUUGCCAGCCAACUCCCGGCAAGAGAAUGGUUACCUCGUCAUCUCAGCGGUGUCCUACCUGGAUGAGGGAACGUACAGGUGCACGGCAACCAACAGCCAUGGCACAGACUAUAGCGAUGGACAGGUCACCAUCAGUACAGAUAGCCACAGAAGCCCAACUGCCCGUAUUGAGCCCGAUGAGGUCGUGAUCACGCAGGGUUCCACCCAGGUCCUUCGUUGCUUGGUCACCGGUGUUCCUACUCCUACUAUCACCUGGACAAGAAGUAGUGGACCAUUGUCACCUAAUCAGCAGGCUUUAAAUGGAGUUCUACGCUUCGUUAAUGCUGAUAUAGAUGAUCGAGACAUGUACAGCUGUACCGCUACAAACAGUGCUGGUUCCUACACAGCAACUGCAUACGUGGAAAUAGAAAGGAGGGAAGCUCCUGUGAUCGAGAUCCUACCACGCACCACCUACAUAGCAACCGAUGGGGACAACAUCCAGAUCCAGUGUCGAAUCAUUUCUGGUAUCCCAACGCCGAAUGUUUCAUGGUCCAGAGCUAACGGAGCUCCCUUGGAAGACAAUACAAAUGAUGAGAUGGGUGUACUGAGCAUCAUAGGGGUAACAUCCGAGAAUCAAGGGGCUUAUAUCUGUACAGGAACAAACACCGCUGGAUCUGUUACAGCUACAGCCACUAUUAGGGUACAAGGUCUACCUCAACUGACGAUUACACCAAGGAGUCCUGCUGAAUUCCGGGUUGGUGAGACAGCCGUCUUGGAGUGUGUUGCCACAGGAGAACCCCUUCCAACUGUCCAGUGGAUGGUCAUGAAUAAUCAACAGGUGUAUCAACCUAUUGCUGCUGCUUUUAACAUGGAGGAGGAGUCUAGUGCUAUGCAUUAUAUCCAGAGUGUAUCAAUGAAUGAUGCUGGCAGCUACAUGUGCAGGGCAGAAAAUGGUGCAGGAUACGUUGAACAGGAAUUGCUUGUGAGCGUAACCGACGGCAACCUGCCACAGCCACCAUCCAUCGACGUAUCCCCAAGAGAAGUGGAAGUCAUCGAGGGAGAAACGGCCGUCUUCAGCUGCACCUCACCGGGGACCCCGGCGGGUUACACGAUCACCUGGAGACGAGUCGGUCAGAGGAUGCCGUCGACCGUGUCCAUUAACAACGGUCUCUUGACCAUCCAACAAACACGGGCUCAUUAUGGUGGCCAGUACUACUGCAUAGUGGGCAAUGAGCAUGGGUAUACGCAGGAUCUGGUUACCCUCUAUGUGUUAGUCCCCCCUAGUCUGAUAAUCAGCCCAGCCACACAGACAGUUACUGCAGGAGAGACUAUCUACAUGUCAGUCAUUGCUGAAGGCACCCAACCUAUCACAUGUGAAUGGUCCAAGUAUGGUGGGUCGCUUCCACCCACUGCUUCUCAAUCUGGCGGCAUCCUCACCAUCUCCCCGGCCACGGCUGCCGAUGCGGGCCAGUACCGGUGUGUCUGCACCAAUUCAGCUGGAUCAAGGGAUUCCUACCUGACUGUCAGGGUACAAGUUAUACCAACUGUCACAGUUCUUCCGACCCGUGAGACAAGGGCCAUAGGAGGGUCCGUUGAAUUCUCCUGUCAAGCGACCGGUAGCCCCCCACCUCAGAUCAUUUGGGAGAAGGAGAAUGGUGUACUGCCAGCCCAACACCGCAUCACCAAUGGUGUUCUUAGUUUGAUAUCUCUUCAAGAUGGUGAUGAAGGUCGAUAUGUAUGUACAGCUGUCAACCAGGCUGGCUCCUCAAAGGCAUACGUCAGGCUCUUCUUACACGCCGCACCAACUGUCCAAAUUACCGUCAACACAACCGUCCACUACAUCCGCAUUGGUGAAUCCACAACCUUUGAGUGUCUGGCCAAGGGUGACCCGACACCCACGAUCACUUGGACUAAGGUGGACAGUGAGCUGCCCAUAACAGUGGUCGUACAGGGUCCAAGGUUGACCAUCCCGCAGGUGUCCUUGUCCGAUGCUGGUUUCUACCGAUGUACGGCCACCAACAUCGUCGGAUCUAGGACGUCUCAGGUCUUCCUCUAUGUACAAGCUGCUCCACAACUGACCGUCGUCCCGGCCACACGCACCGCCCCGGUGGGUGCUACCCUGGAGUUCAGCUGUCUGGCCGGGGGAUUCCCCACUCCUGAGAUCACAUGGCACAAAGAGGAAGGGGAACUCCCCGAUAACUACCAGAUCGACAAUGGCCUCCUGACGAUCACCAACGUUCAAGAGGCCGAUGAGGGAACCUAUGUCUGUAUAGCUACCAACCAAGGAGGGACGACGGAAUACCGGGCAAGGCUUGUAGUUGGAGAGUUGAUCCCAUACUUCGUGCAGAUGCCACAAUCAUACAUUGGUUAUCCUCGACUCACCAACGCCUACAGAGAAUUUGAGGUUCAACUCUCAAUCAAGCCUGAAAGCCCAGAAGGUCUUAUUUUGUACAACGGUCAGAGCAUCGACGGGACAGGGGACUUCUUCUCCUUCGGGCUCCACCGAGGGUACGGCGAGUUCCGUUAUGAGCUUGGAGCUGGAACCACUCUCAUUAGGAGUGAUCGCCCUCUGGAGUUGGGUCAAUGGCACACGAUCAAUAUCAGGAGGAAUAUGACCCGUGGGUACUUGCAGGUUGAUGAUUUGCCUGAGGUAGAGGGCAGAGCUGCAGGGAACUUCCAAGGCCUGGACCUAGUCCAGGACUUGUAUCUCGGUGGCGUUCCAAACUUUGACGAGAUCCCAAGCACAGCAGGUUUCACAACGGGCUUUAUUGGUUGUGUAAGUCAGCUGAUCAUUGGCAACAGAGAGCUUGUGCUCGAUAGCGCCCGUACAAGAGUUGGCGUUGAGCAGUGCCCCACAUGUGAAGUCAACCCCUGUCUCAAUGGAGGAAUCUGCCAGGAGGCUAGGACGGAAGAGGGAUACCGCUGCCAAUGCCCCUACGGCUUCACUGGCACAAACUGCAGGGAUGUGGCCUACUACAGAUGUUCUCCAGGUAUCUGCGGAGAAGGCACCUGCCAAGAAAAGUCUGGUCUUUUAGGCUAUGUCUGUUUUUGCCCAGUUGGUAGAACAGGAACUAGGUGUGAAAUAGUGAGCGACAGUAUCGAUUCGGCGUCCAACUUCAACGACGAGCUCUACGCUGAUCAUGGUAUCCCAGUUGAGGACCCAUCAUUCCUUGGAGACUCGUUCCUCUCGUACCCCGGACUGACGUCCAAUCAUCGUCAGAUCCAGAUCGCUAUGAUGUUCAAGGCCAGGUCUAUCGAGGAUAGUCUGCUUCUCUUCAACGGACAGGGACAGAGAGGGAAAGGAGACUACAUCUCGCUCUUCUUGAAAGAUCAAAAGCUAGUAUUCCAGUAUGAUAGCGGAAGUGGUCCAGCAAUCAUCGAAAGCACUAAGACGAUGGAAGCAGAUCAAUGGUACACCAUCGUCGCUGAACGCAACCUCCAAGAUGGCUCCCUACAGGUGGAUAAUGAGGAGGCUGUCAAGGGACGAUCGCCUGGCAGCAGCCGAGGCUUGAACCUCCGACUUCCUCUCUACCUCGGUGGCAUUAACAAGUAUGAAGAGAUACCACUGAGGCUUGGUGUCACGAAAGGUUUUGAUGGAUGCAUUACAGAGGUUGAGAUCGAUGGAGAGCCUCUGGAUUUGGUAGAAGGGGCCAGCGCCAGUCAUCACAUUGAAGACUGUGGCGAGAAUCUACUCUGCCAGAAGGGAGAGUGUCAGAAUGGAGCAACCUGUACCCCUACUCCCGAUAACUUGGAAUACACUUGUACAUGUGCUUCUGGAUUUACAGGUAUUCAUUGUGAAUCCGAGCUUGGGUCCUGUAGUGUAGGCCAGCCGUGUCAGAACGGAGGUCGCUGUGAGCCAGUCGAUGGGGGUUACAUCUGUCUCUGUUCCCUAGGCUUCUCAGGAAAUAUGUGUGAAAAUGUUGAACGGUUUAGCUACAGCGUUGCUCUUGGAUACUCUAGUUACAUCAAGCUUCCAAAGACAGUUAUACCACGAGGAAGAGGAAGCAGUUCUAUAACCGAAACAAUUAACUUCAGCAUGGCAACAGAUUCAACUGAUGGCCUUCUUAUGUGGCAGGGAGUGCCUGAAGGAUCUGCUGGUGAGAGGCAAGAUUUCAUUGCUGUUGGUCUUCAUGAUGGAUACAUUGUUUUCAGCUAUCAGCUUGGAAGCGGAGAAGCCAACAUAGCAUCAACUAUCAGGAUAGAUGACGGUGCAGAACAUAAUAUUACAAUUACAAGACAAGGACGUGAUGGUACACUGCUAGUAGAUGAUGAAGAUGUGGUAAUAGGCCAGUCUGCUGGAGUACUUAGGAUGUUGAAUGUCAAAGGAGCUCUGUUCUUAGGUACACCACCCGAUGUUGAGAUCUUAACUGGAACCAAAUACAACAAAGGAAUAGAAGCGUGUGUCAAAGACCUAGAAAUUCAAAUAGACGAUAAUCCUUCAUCUGUAAUAAACCUAUAUCAACAAGCACUAGACGGUGUUAAUGUAGAAAACUGUGAAUUUUGAUGAUAUCUUUUAUACUCCUCUCUAUAUGUUACCAGAAGCUUUUUGAAAGAAACUAAAUUCCCUUUUUUUUAUUAACGAACAAUCAUGUAUUUAUAUACUUGGGGUAAGCUUUGUCCCAGGUGUUUUAACAUGUAAUUAUAGCUAUGGUUAUUUUAGAUCAUUUUGGGGCAAAAAAUUUGCAUUUUUUUAAAUAGAGACAUCUAUUAUAUUGAGAAGGUGCUUUUAUCAUGGUGUAUUUAAAAAUAUGAAAUUGUAUGAACAACAUUUUUAUAGCAAAACUUAUGAUUAUAUGUAUUGGGUUAUCGAUUGAUGUUAUUAAAACACUGCCCACAUUAUUCAUGUGAAAAUAUGAAACUUUCUGAAUAUGUAGGAGUUCUUAUAUUUUUUAAACCUGAAGUACGACCCAUUUUAUAAUGAAUUUCAUGAACAUAUUUGUAGACAUGGUUUUAAUUGGCUCGUAUUUAUUGAAGUUAAAACUAUGUGGAAAUUAUCAAAUUUUCGUGUUUUAGGAUAAUGACUGCCAAAGUUAGGUGUUCUUUCAGGAAUACUCUUUAUUUGCCCUCCUCUGAUGAUUCUUUUGCAGAUUUGAUAUACAACUUUUGUUGGCUUAUUAUUUAAAAAAAAACUGUAUCAAAAUAUUUCUUUAAUAUAAAAAAAAAUUGUGAUCAGCAUUUUCAAAAUUAUUUCCGCAUGGAUUUUAAUAUCAGCAUUUUAUGUUCGCCCUGACCUUGAAAAUGUACAAAUUUGGUACAUUCAGCAUUAUUUCAAUCUUUGACCUUUUUUAUAUCAUUCUUAAAAAAAAGUGUUUUUUAUCUGAUUUUUAAGACUUCAUAUUGCAUGUGCUGCAAGUACUUUCUCAACCAUUUAGUACCUCAUUAUGAAAGCAGAAGCAAAUACCUUUAUACUUUAAACGUGGAAUUAAUAAUGGGAGGUUUGAUUUAAUGCUUGAAAUGUUAGAAACAUGUUCAUUAGAUCAUAGAAAACAAUGAUUGAUCAGUUUGAUUCACAGGUUUUUUUUUUCAUCCUCCAACGUUGCUGCUUGUGGAAACCCUCGAAAGUCGAAUUUCAUGCUGCUUUGAUCAAAAUAUGUAAUAAGUGAUUUGACUUCAUACCAGGUACUAAAUGGUUGAUUGCAACUUGCUGUAGUAGGUAGCAAGGGUAUCAUUAGAUUAAAAACAAAAACCUUUUACAAUCUGGUGCUGUUAUAUAAUUUAUUAUCGUAAACCCAUCACGAUUGACAUGUGAAAGUCCUUUAUAUGAAUGUUUUUUAUACUCUAUGUACAAUGUAUAUAGCAACUACUACGUUGUUUUUCUUACAAAUUCAAAGCAGAAAUGGAUUGCAAAACAUAUAUACACGUCUCGUCUGUGUUUCAUCUUUGAAUAUUUGCCUUGUUAUUUAAUGUAUGUAUUUUGUAUAUUCUGUUAUCGUUAAGUACUAUAUGUGUGUGUAUGCGGGAAUUAUUAUGGUUGAAAUUUAAGAGGGAAGCGGUCGGGGGGGGGGGGGGAGCUCAAGGCAUUCAAAAUCAAGAUGACUACUGACAAUUUUGUUAGAUGUUGCUGUAGAUACUUGAAUUAUUUUUUAAAUCUGAUGCAAUGCUUAUCAAUAUUUAACUAUGUUAGUCACUGAAGGUAGGUAAAAUCUUGAAAAUGAAGGAGUCAUUGGUUAAUCAAAGAAGAAUUAUUCUAGAUAUAUUUUGUGUGCAGUUGGAUAAUUCUUGAACAAUGCGGGCAAGGUGGUAGAUAUUUAAUAAUAAUAAUGUGGAAUGAUAAACUUCAUUGUUCACUACAACAGAUUUUGCCCUGUUCACACUCCAAUUGCCUUAGAUUUUAGUGCCUUGAGAUUUAUGAGGUGCUGCAAAUCCAGAUUAACCUAUUUUGUCUACCAAAAGAUGCUUUUCACAAUCCAAGUUCUUCCCACAUAAUCAUAUAUAUAUGUAAAUUUUGUUCAAUACUUUUAGACGUAAGUAGCAACGAGUUGCACUGUGGUUUCAUUAUCGUGUAAGCACUAUUACCAUGUGUGAUCGCCUUCGUCUUUUAUAUCGUUACUAUUCGAUGCCAGAACUUGGCCGCCAUUGGUGCCUUACAUACCUCACAACAUUCGCUCAUUGGCAUUUGAAAUGCUGGUUAACAAAACAGAAAAGGACACCUCAGGUUUUAUUACAAAUGCUGCAUAAUUUUAUAAAAGAACACCUAAUUGUUGUAUUUGGAAUAUGCACUGACCAGAACAGGAAUACUUUUACUAGGAAAUUUUGAUACGUACGGUUGAGGUAUAUUUGUUGAAUGGCAUCUUGCCUGUGACUACUUGUGUCCAAAUGAAGUGUUGCAACUGGCAGGGCCAAGAUAAAUACUUCUUCAUCCUUCUGUGAUACGGUGCAUGUAUUUAUCUUUAUAUACUUUGGGCAUUCUGACAUAUUUUGAGGAAGAGGAAAAGGGCAGAAUUCAAGCAAAUCAUUUUGACCAGGCUUCUGAAUGUUUAACUUGUUUUUAGGUCGAAUGAGCGUGGAUAUCAGAAGCAAUUGUCACGCAUCAAAGCAAUAGCGGAAGCUUAAAUACAUGUAUAUAUUUAUUGACAUAUGAAGGUGAUGAUGGAAAGAAAAGAGAGUUGCAUGUAGGAUAUUGACAAAUAUUUACAUUAGGCAUAUUAGGUGAUAUAAUCUUGUCUGCUAGAGCUUGGCUUGUUCAAAGAUACAAUGUAUGCGCAUAGCAAUUUGUAGGAUUGUAUUACUAGUACUUGCCUUGUACUUUAAAAUGACUUUAAAAGCAGAUCAUGAUAAUGCUGCACUCCUAAAUAAUGUAGACAAGAUAAAAAAAUAGAAGUAGUAGGGAUAGAGGGCAGUAUUUGCUUGUGAAACUGCCCCUAAUGCUUCAAAGCUUUUCCUGUCUAGAAUUUGGAGGAAAAAAAAAGCAUCUACUGUUUACAAUGUAAUUAGGUGCCUUACCGGAAAUCAGAGCCGCAUCUUUCAUGUAGGAAUCCAGAGACGGGAUUCGUGAUGUAAGACGCGGUGAGGUGAGGGCACCCUAGGAGAACUGAGCUUGCUAGGAUUCAUUGAUUUUGUCAUCUGCAAAUAACAUCUAUGGUGCUGAUUCACGUUGUGGAAUAUAUAUAACCUGAUAUUACGAAAACUCAUUUAUUUAUAAAGGGUUAGUUAUUGUGUAGGGUGUAUUAUUUAUGUUGAUAGAUGCAAAGAUUAGUUGGAGGGGGGGGGGGGGUUAAACUUCAUUGGCUGCAUUUAACAUUGGAGGUUCUUACGAGUACCAGCCCCGCAGAGAAAUUGUUGUUAGUACUAACAAUGCACUAACAGAGGCACCGUUACAACCGUUAAUAUCGCAGUGAUGCCUAAUGUCACAACAUGUAUUUUACAUCUUGAAUUAAAGACAUCGCAAUCUGAAAGAUGCGACCGGGCCUACUGUUAGUGCUCUGUUAGCGCUAACAACGUUUCUGUGCGGCUGGUACUGGUAUAAUUAUUAUAUUGAAGAUCAAACCUGUGUUCUUUCAGCUCAGCUUACAUGAAUUAAUUACUUCAUGAUUUAUGAAUAGAAUCAUGACCAUGUUCAGGUUUCGCAAGUAACUGUUCCACACAGGUCUCUACGAGGUUGGUCAUGUAUUUAAGAUCUGGGGUCCACUUCAUAAAACUUGUUAUAAUAAAAAAUUUGCAACAACAGUUUUAAGCUACUGAAAUCAUUUGAUUUGAUUGGAUGACAGUGCAUUUGUUAUUAUAACAAGUCUUGUGAAACAGGACCCUGAACUCUGGGCCCUGUCAUGUAAAGCUUAGCAAUCAUCGUAGAAUAAUUAUUUUAUGGUUGAUUUUAUUGACCGUAAUCUGUAAUGAAUUGUAAAACUGAUCACAUGAUCAAAGGCUAAGCUCUUGUUACGAAACCCUUGAUGGUUGAGUGCUUUUGGUAUGAAUAUGUCUCGGGGGGGGGGGGGGGGGGACUAGAAAAAAAAUAAACUGGAAGGUCAAACAGGUAUAGAAGUAAAUGUACCUCGUGGUUUCAGCAAAGAGAAUGAUACAAGAAGUUAUUGUCCUGCAUUUUUGUAAUUAAAAUGUACUGAGGAAGUGGUUCUGGGAGUGGCUUCUUCUAUGUGGUCUGUGUUUUUUUGUAUUGAAGUACUGUCUGUUAAAUAAAGAACUGUACACAACCAAAA